AUGCGAACGCGCAGGGCCCAAAUUAAGCUGCGCGGACACAAUCCGCCGGGUGCCGGGACUGUAGCAGAAUUGACACUGGCGAAUGUCGGAGGAACGCAGGGUCGGGCAGUAAACAUCAGCAACACAUGGACCUUGCCCCAGGAAGGAUUCUCGGUCUUCUAUCGCUACUUCCGGGAUAAAAUCUCUUGGUUCGAGGCCGACGCCGUCUGCCAAUUUCAUCACGCAAAUCUCGUAACAGUCAACAAUGGAGUACAGUUCGAUUCAACCCGCGCAUUUUUGAAGGAACUCGACGUCACCGGCGCGGUGUGGAUUGGAUUGAUGCGGCCGGAGAAUUCAGCGCGCUUUACGUGGAUCAGUUCGAGAACGCUCGAUGCGUCCAACAACGGUUACUGGGCCGAGGCGAUCCCGGCCAUUGAGCAACCGCUCUGCGCCGUGCUCGAUCCGGUGCGUGACUUUCGUUGGCAUGCACUCCGCUGUGGCGGUCCCGAAACUGCCGCUUUCCUUUGCGAGCUACCAGUACCAGCAUGGGCGGUCGAUUGCACGCUGACGUCCAUCCCGUCGUUGACGGUGCAGUACAUGUCGGACAGCGGAACGGUACAGCUGGCGCGGGAUUGUGGCGAGUCGGGCACGAAGCAUAUUUCGUGCCAGGGCAAGCAGGACCGAGACAGCAUGGUCGAGCAGCUGCAAUGCAGCGAAACGGAGAACCUGGCGUCGGUGCUUGCCACUGACAGCAACAGCAACCGGCUCCUGUCAGUCCAGCCCAAGGAUGUUCUGGUUGGUGGCGCUGUGACAACUUCGAUUACGGGCAGUGGCGAUCCUUCCAUGCAUCAGCAGCAGCAACCGAUAUUGGAGCACGACAUCCUGACAGUAGUGUCGGGUAACGACGAGGAAAGCAGCAGCACUGGCGAAGGCAACACCAUCGAAAUCAACCCGAACCAGAUCGAAGACACGGUGAAGAACGUGAUCAAGCAGUUCAACCUUCAGGGCAUGAUGCAGAACGAGCCGAUGGCGUUGCGUGGUGGUGACGAACCACCUAGCCUACCUAGCAGAGAGCUGGAACAAGACGCAAACCCAGUGGUCAGUAAGAAACAGGGUUACAUGAAAAAGCACUCCCUUUUGCAGAGCGAGAAGAAGGAUCGCUACGAAACCAAGACGACCGGGGAUACGACCCGAAGAGUGUCGAUGCAGCGUAGUACACACGACGACGCAAAGGAGGCUUUCGGGAUGGAGCUGGAAGAAGACGAUGACGAACGGAUGCUGGGCGAUCAACCGAUGGCGGACGAGACGGAAACACAACCGAUCGACAUCGUCCAGGAAGCGGUGAAGCUAACGGCCGACGGUGACUAUCCGAUGGUCGAACCGGCUGUCAUGGUGACCACCAGGCUAGCGGCCGUCACCAGCGUUCCGGUUGAUGGCGAUCCAUCGGCAGAACCGACUACGCCCGAUUCGCGCAUCCGACGUGCCACGGCUGCCGCCCACAGAACUACCUCACUCGAUGAGUUCUCGGAAGCGGUGUCCGAGGAUCUUGCCGGCGCAACGCAAUCCUCGUCCUGGACCACGUGGCCCACCGGGGAGCCGGUAACACACACAACCGCGGUCAGCCACGUGUUACCGACCACCUCGAGGAAGGAACUGUUUACCGGCGAUCACUUCAUUCCCCCGAUGCUUCUGGUGAAGGCGCGCCUGAUCUUCGCUCGGCCGCUCGCCGACCCGGCCAUUACUUCCACGGCCGCCGCUCCGUCGGAGAUUGCCACGCCCGGAACAGAUGGCGUCGGAACGGCGUCGCUUCCAACAACGGAGCACACGAAUGGCGACGUUACGUCGCCAUCAACAUCAUCAUCGAUGGUCCAAAGGGAUGAUUCAGGAGUGGAAAGCAAAGAAAGCAAAGGCGCCGUUGUAACACUGGACGUACCGACGCCCGCAACGAUCGGCGUGAAGAAUGAUCCGGACGAUGUUGCCGCCGCCGCCGCCGCCAUCACUGUGACGGCCAUCACGACACCGUCCAUCGAUCGAGUGACGGAUACGGUGGUCAGCUCAGCCACCGAAGUACCGCCGACGGACACCAAUAUCGGCACAGGAAAUGUAACCGCCGAAGUUGCGACUUCCACCCGGGAGGCGAGCCCAUUCGCAAUCGCUUCCGUUGCAGGAGAAACGGUUUCAGUGGCACCAUCGACGACACCGUCCCGUGUUGGUUCCGCUACCAGCUCCCAGAUUGAGACAGCAAACAAUUCUUGGCUUCCGGACGUCGCACCGUCGGCGGAGUUGCACCAUGAUGAUGAGGAUAUAGUAAAGAUUGAAGAAGGAAACCAUCCGACGGAUGGUGAGCAUGAAAGUGUUGACGAUGGCGAACAGCUGAGAACUUCGCAGCAGCCUUCCGAGGUGGACAACAUGUUUUCCAACGUUGAUAACUAUCAACCCUACAAACCGAACCGACACCGCUCGCUCACCAAACAGGAGCAACACAUGAACCAUGCAAACUACAUCAAAAAGAUUCUCGGUUGAGCGGCUGGCGGAGGAACCGGAGUCGUCAAUCUUUCUCUCUUACACACACAACCACACACACGCUCGUUCUCCAAGCACCAAGUUCUACGACUGCACGAUUUGGCGCCCGCAUGAUUGCAUUUCGCGACGAUGAUCUGAGCAUUAAAUCUGCCGAGAUGCACGGACACUUUUUGGAGACAUGUAAACGAUGGCAAGCAUAGCAAGAGAUCAGCUCGUGUAAAAGGCGUGCAGCGAUACAGCGCUAGGGUUUUUGUGUGGGAAUGUAGUAGCAGUAGUACAUUCUUUGUCAAUGCCAGGCGUUGGUUCACUUAUGGCCCCAAAGCCCUCAGUUCAAAGACAGGUCGUUUAAAGACUAAUUUGGUUGCUGAUUUUGUUCUUGUAUUCUUCGCCUUCACGAACCCCCGACGAAUGUUGUGUUUAUUGUGCACCCACAUGAGCAUAUACAUUUAGCAAAACCCUAAACUAAAGUAUUUUUUUUUUAUGAUCCAAUGGGAACUUAAUGCACUUAAUUAUCGCUGUCCAUUCCACAAAGCAUUUCUCUUGAAUCGGAACCUUGAACUAGUUGAGGAAUCAUAUUUUUUAGAAUUCAACCGGCACAUAUAAGCGCUCUCCCGUGCAGUUUACAACCGUCGACCGUGAAAUGUGCGCGACUUCAGCUAACUGAAUGACAAUCUACCGCGUUUACCGAGACACACACAAAAUGUAAAUGUUGCAUUGUGCCCACAUUCUCAAGGUCAAGGUCAAAUAAUUUCGAACCUGAAAAUACCACUCGCGUACGUUAUGUUAGGUUUACGCAUCUAAAUUAGACGUUAUGCA